AUGGGUGCACGCCGUGCUUGCCUGGUGGUGGAGGGAUUUGAAAUUGGUGGUGGAAAAGGGAUCAGGGCGAAACAGGAGGUUGGGACAUGGCACUCCGCUGCGACACGUGACGUGGCUGAUGGGCACGACGUGCUGGAAUGGUGGUGGAAUUGUAAUAAUGGUGGUGGUGGUGGUGGUGGUGGUGGUGGUGGUGGUGGUGGUGGUGGUGGUGGUGGUGGUGGUGGUGGUGGUGGUGGUGGUGGUGGUGGUGGUGGUGGUGGUGGUGGUGGUGGUGGUGGUGGUGGUGGUGGUGGAUGGAAAGGAUGA